AUGCUACAAUUCACUCGUCAUGUCGUGCCCGCCGCUCUCGCGAUUAGACCUACCCGUUGGCUCCAACCUGCACGCUGCAUUUCCCUGACCGGUGCAAUUGAAAAGGGGAUUCGGAGAGCGCAGCAAAGUACGAACAAUCUGGAAAAGCAAUAUGCAAAGCCUACUGCGGGCCCUCAGCAAGAUCAAGGCCAUACGUCAGACACUUUCAGUAUAGGCGGAGAGGAUGGAGAGAAGAAGGUGGUAAUCAUACCAGGCGAAGAAAGGCGAAGAGGCCAGAAAAAACGCAGGGGUCCUAGGACUGUACAGCCAGGGCAGGAUUUGAAAAGCAUAAAAUCCGCACGCUCUGGCAACGGAGUUCCAGCUUCCAUCCCCUACACAACAGCUGGAUCGGAAUUUCUUUACGGGACAUUUUCUGUCUUGUCUGCUCUGAAAGCUCGGCGACGGAAACUCCACAAGCUCUAUCGACUACUUCCUCCAGGCUACGGCAAAGAAACGAAGAGAGCCAAAGCUCUCCAGCCCAGAGAGUCUCCUGAGCAGAUUCAAACACACAAGCAAAUCCACAGCCUCGCUGAAAGGGCCGGAAUAGCCGUUACGGCAGUGUCAGGACCUCGCUGGCAAGGAGUGUUUGCCAAAGCAUCGGAUGGACGACCACAUAAUGGCUGGAUUCUAGAGGCAUCUCCAAUUCCGAAGCUACCUGUGACUAGCUUGUUACCCGUGGCUAAUUCGCCUGACCCUGUCGCUGUGACCGUCGGUUGGGCAUCUGAAGAGGACCGAGAGAUCAAUACCGUGUUUGGCGCAUCUGGAAGCACAGCAACAAUUCCGUCUGUCCGAAACCCUCUUCGGUAUCCUUUCAUGCUCUUGCUUGAUUGUAUUACGGACACCGGCAAUUUUGGUGCUAUUGUUCGUUCGGCAUGGUUUCUCGGGGUUGAUGCUAUCCUCAUCCUUGAGCACGGCACUGCACCCAUAACAACCAACAGUGUCAAGUCGUCCGCAGGUGCCUUCGAAUACAUGCCUAUUCUUCAUAUCAAGAACGAGAGGGAGUUCAUCAGGGAUUCGCGGAAGAACGGAUGGAAGUUCUUCGCCGCCGAUGCACCAGAAACUGACGGCGGGAUGAUGCGGCGGAUCAUGCAGCAAAAAGGCAAGAAAUCCUUGGACGUCGAGGGCGCGCUCUCGAAACAUCCUUGCGUCCUGAUUCUCGGUAAUGAGGAGACCGGCAUUCGAGACUUCAUGCGCACAAUGAUGGAUGGUAUGGCGGGGAUCCCCAAUGCCAGACCUGACAUUGGAGAGAUUGACAGUCUCAACGUUAGCGUGGCUGCAGCCCUGCUUACCCAAAAGUUUUUCGACGGAGCUCGUACCAAAGUUGAUGAAGGUAGUCGUCCUUGA